UCGGAUGUCAAAUACUUAACUUCUAAAAUCAAACUGCUGUUUUUCAAAGGCAUUGGAGAGGAUAUUGUAACAUCACUAAAUGUGCAAGGGGGUUUUGGCCUCCUUAAUUUGGGCAAGCAGCUUUCGGGUCGCCGUGCUCAAUAUGUUUGGCAUACCCUUACCAAUGUUACUGAUUGGAAUUUUAACAUCUUUAGGUAUAAGCUCCAGGAAUUUGUGAAUAAGCUGGCUGACUCCUAUCAAGCUUCUACAGACUCUAUUCUAGCAAUCCCUUGGUACAAGUUCCUCACUGGGUUGACUCUAAAUUAUCAGGGUAGGGAUAUUUCUACUAUGGUUGAUCAAAGUGAUAUUUUUACGAACACCGAGAAGGUGUAUUUGGAAGCAUGGUUUGAUUUAAUUGGUUCACUUCGCAAAACAUAUACGGCACAGCCGAGUCAUUUUUCACAUGAUGAAUAUAGGGACUUCUUCGGGUCACCCCCUUCUACUAUUCUCCCACCACUAUUCGCAGAUUUACCGGGGGACUUUUUCAAUAGUCGUUCAAAGAAAUUUAAUAUUGAAGCAAAGCCAUGUGUUAUCCCGGAGGGUUGGUCUAAUCUUUAUGAUUUGGAUCCCGCUGAUUGGGUAAAAUUUUUUAAGAUCUUGGCUCAUGGCAAACGUUGCUACCCAGAUGUUUCACAUGAUUUUAUUGAAUUAUUAUUAGAAAAAAUGGAUUUUGGACGACGGGCAAGAAAUUUCCUUCUUGCUAUUACUACAAAACAACAAGGUCAAAUAAUCAUCAACAAUCUAGUCGGGAGUCGCUUCCCUUUGGAAAGAGGCACUCGACAAGGUAAUCCACUUAGUCCUUUGAUAUUUAAUUUAGUGUUGGAAACAUUAUUUAUUCAGAUUACGAACAAAAUGCAAGGUGCAUGUUUAAAUGCAUCUGCUCAUUUACAAUUGAACUAUACUGCAUAUGCAGAUGAUGUGCUCGUGUAUUGUAAUAAUGAGACAGAUCAAAGAACUUUCAAAGACUUGUUGGCAAAAUUCUCAAUAGAAUCGGGUCUUCAUGUUAAUCACACGAAGACUAACGUGGUAUAUUAUAACGAUCCUCCAGCUAAUCAGAUAUUUCCAUAUCCAAUACAAAAAUUAGAUCCAAACACGUUUAAACAUUUGGGUAUUCCAUUACGACAACGCUCCGAAAGUUACAAUCCUUGGAAAAAGACAUUAAAUGAAUUACGCUAUUUAAUACAAUGUUUCCCCACAUUUGAUUUAAAUGGACAUGCAAUCAUUCAAUUAAUUAAUUCUCAUGUUUUUUCAAAAUUGUA